CAUGUUGUAAAUCCUGACAGUGUGGUAAUAAGACUACUAGUGAGUGAGACUUCCGCGUCUACGUGGAAAUGUUUACUGAUGCCGUCCAAGCGCAGAAGUGCGUGCAGAGCGGGAUCUUCUGUCUUUAGCAGCCGUGGGAUCAGCGCUACAGCCUCCUGUGUCCGGUCGGCGGUGCUAAAGCGCCAGUAAGCUUUAAUUGUCGCUGCUGAAGAAGAAAGGCCGCUUAAUCUGCAGACUGCUGAACAUGAAUAAACGUUUUUAGGUUCUCUCACGUCCAAACUAACAGACCGUGUGUGUGUGGUCUGCAUCCCCGCUGAGAGUACCGACAGCUGAGCCUCCGCUGGGUGAAUCAGGCUUUCUGGAGUUUCUCCAGUCAUCCACUCAUCAUGGUGGAAUACUACCAGAUUUUAGGAGUGCGGAAGGAUGCGUCUGCAGAUGACAUAAAGAAAGCGUACAGAAAGCUGGCCCUGAGGUGGCACCCUGAUAAAAACCCAGAGAACAAGGAGGAGGCUGAGAAAAAGUUCAAGGAGCUGGCAGAGGCUUACGAAGUCCUAUCUGAUGCAAACAAGAGGAGUUUAUAUGAUCAUUAUGGCAAAGAGGGGCUGACGGGGAGCAGUGGAGGAAGAGGGGCCCAUUUCCACAAUGGAGAGCAUUUCCACGAACCAUUCACAUUCCGUAAUCCAGAAGAUGUUUUCAGGGAGUUCUUUGGUGGUAGAGACCCAUUUGCAGACUUUUUUGGUACAGAUCCAUUUAGUGAUGAUCCAUUUUUCGUCAGUGGCCGGCGGCACCAAAGUCGGGCAAGUCGCAGCCGGACAAGUGGCUCGUUUUUGGGGGGCUUUGGUUUUCCAGCCUUUGGUGCCGGCUUCUCCCCUUUUGACCCAGGCUUUGGUUCUUUUGGUGCCAUGAGUGCUGUGGGUCACAUUGGUCACAUGGGUCACAUGACAACCAUGGGCAGUCUUGGAGGUGGAGGCUUCACCUCUUUCUCAUCAACCUCCUUUGGAGGAGGAGGUGGAGGAAGCAUGGGCAACUUCCGCUCUGUGUCCACCUCCACCAAGAUCAUCAACGGCAGGAAGAUUACUACUAAAAGAAUUGUAGAAAAUGGUCAGGAGCGAGUUGAGGUGGAAGAGGACGGCCACCUGCGGUCAAUAACCAUUAAUGGUAAGGAGCAGCUGCUGCGACUGGAACACAAGUGAAGAGUCACAAACAUCCUCCACUGGAGACGUUACCUCAGUACAAAGAUUCCAAUAAAACUUGAGCUCACAGUGGGAUAAAAAAAGCAACAAAAUAAUGUAAUAUUCCUGUAUCAUUAGUUGGCUGUAGAUACUUCUGUUGUGUUAUUCCAUUCAUGUUCUUUCCCUGCUGACUCUCCUUUGUUAACAACACUUCAGAUCCAAAGGUUUGGAUGCACAUUUUUCUAUGCAUUUAGUUGAUGUGUUUGUCAGUGGAAGCUGUCCUUUUAUUUUGGCUCAGGGUGGUGUUGUUCCUUUAACACUCAGGGCCACAGUAUUCUGUUCUGAUAUGAUCAGACCUCCCCUCCACUGCUCUGUGUGUCAUUCUGUUCGUCCUGUGUGAACAGCACGUGCUGCUUUCAGAAAACGAAGCAUGACUUUGUGUUUCCAUCUGAACUAAUAAAAGGUAUUACUAUGAUUUUUAUGUGGGUAAAAGGUUUAUGCUUUAUUGUGUGUGUGUGUGUGUGUGUGUGUGUGUGUGUGUGUGUGUGUGUGUGUGCGCGCGCGCGUUAUUUUUAAUUUAUUUUAUUUUUAAUAAAUUUAACAGUGCUGGGAGGAUGUUAUGCAAUUUUAUCUGUUCUAAUACAUUAUGUUUUUGUUUAUUCAAUGAUGCAUGUACACCUGUUAGUGUCGAGUCUUAAUGUUAAAGCUUUUGAUGGAUGGCUUUCUAUAAAUAAUAAAUGAAUAUGGGAGGAA